AUGUUUCGAUACGAACUUCAUGUUGAAGUAAAUUUCGUUUUUGACGUGAACGUAGUUGAAACUUCCCGAGUAGCAAUUAAAAAUAAAGUUAGUGGUUCGGCGUGACGCGCCUUUGACAAAAACAAUAUUAAAGAAUGGUAAGUGUCUCUUUCUUAAUUAUUUUAUAUAUUUAAAAGGUGUUAAGAUUAAAUGUCACAAAAUAGAAAUAUUCAUUGAAUUGAUGUGGCGGUUCUUUUUCGAUAUAUUUUCUAACUUCAUAACGACAGUAUUCGUAAAGUACAAUUCCAUUAAUUCUGUCAGGGUAUUAUUAUUACAGAUUAUGCUAAAAGUAUUUUAAGCGUUCGUGCCUUUAAUUAUAACUGGUUAAAAUUAAUAAAAUAUAUCACUGUGGCAAAAUAAUGUGUGCAUACACAUUUGUAUUUAGAUAACACAUUUAUAAAUAAAUUAUAUUUUAAAUUCCAAAUAUUAUUCCAUUGGACUUAUGAUGUGUCACAUAUAUUGUAUUUUUGCUAACAGGGAAGAUUAAAAAAAAGCAGUGCAAUAUUUGUAAUAAUAUCCUUAUUAAUUGAAACAAAUGGCUUUUAUGUGCCUGGCGUUGCCCCUGUGGAAUUUAAAAAAGGACAGAAAAUUGAUGUUAAAGCAGUUAAAAUGACUAGUACUCAUACACAAUUACCAUAUGAAUAUUAUUCUGUCCCAUUUUGUAGACCAAAAAAUGGAAGUUUUAUUUGGAAAUCAGAAAAUUUAGGAGAAGUGUUACGUGGUGACAGAAUUGUAAAUACACCAUAUGAAGUAUUAAUGGCUGAAGAUAUAAGCUGUAGAUUAUUAUGCCAUGGACAUAACAACCUUAUGACAUGGAAUGAAGAAGAGUCACAGCGUGUUAUAGAGCGUAUUCAACAUGAUUAUACUGUGCAUUUGUUAAUUGAUAAUUUACCAGCAGCAACAAAAAAGGUUCAUAAAGAUACAAAUAAUGUAAUUGUAUAUCAUGGAUAUCGUUUGGGUGGUAUUAUGAAUGACCAAUAUUACAUUAAUAAUUAUCUUAAAUUAAAAUUAAGUUAUCAUAAAUAUGGAGAAAAUGAAUUUAGAGUAGUUGGGUUUGAAGUAGAAGCUCGUUCAAUUGAUGUAAAUCAAUUAAAGUUUGAUGGAGCUACUUGUAUAGUGCCCGCACAUUCUCAGGCAAAUCCUCAAUUUGUUAGUCCCAAGGGAACCAAACUUCUGUUUUUAUAUUCUGUUGAGUGGAGACAAUCUGAUGUGAGUUGGGCAAGUAGAUGGGAUAUAUAUCUAGGAAUGAGUGAUGUCGAAAUCCAUUGGUUUUCAAUUAUCAAUUCACUUAUUGUAGUCAUUUUCCUUUCUGGGAUUUUAACAAUGAUCAUGGUUCGAACUCUAAGGAGAGAUAUUGCACGUUAUAAUGCUGGUGAAAGUGAUAGUUUAGCAGGUUUAGAUGAAGCAAUUGAAGAAACUGGAUGGAAACUUGUCCAUGGAGACGUAUUUCGUCCACCACCAAAUCCACGAUUAUUUGCUGCUGUGAUAGGCAUUUUUGCUAUGUUAGGAAUGCUUUCUCCUGCUAGCAGAGGUGCACUUGGAACAUGUGCAAUAUUUUUGUAUGUGUCUUCUGGUGUAAUUGCUGGAUAUUUUUCAGCACGUCUUUAUAAAACAAUGCGUGGUCGAAAAUGGAGAAGAACAGCAUUACUGACAGCAACGCUCUAUCCUGGAAUAGUAUUUACAACUUGUUUCUUUUUAAAUUUUUUCAUUUGGGGGAAGCAUAGUUCUGGUGCAGUACCAUUUACAACAAUGUUAACAUUAUUAUGUUUAUGGUUUUGUAUAUCACUUCCCCUUGUAUAUCUUGGAUAUUUCUUUGGAUAUCGUAAACAACCUUUUACUCAUCCUGUUAGAACGAAUCAAAUUCCUAGACAAGUUCCUGAUCAGUUAUGGUAUAUGAAUCCAAUACUUACACUAAUGGCUGGAAUUCUUCCUUUCGGUGCUGUUUUUAUAGAAUUAUUUUUCAUUCUAACAGCGUUAUGGGAAAAUCAAUUUUAUUAUCUUUUUGGAUUUCUCUUCCUUGUUUUCUGUAUACUUGUCAUUUCGUGUUCUCAAAUAUCCAUAGUUAUGGUCUAUUUCCAAUUAUGUGGAGAAGAUUACCGAUGGUGGUGGAGAAGCUUUAUUGUUAGUGGAGGAUCAGCUGUAUAUGUCCUAGCCUACUCAAUUUUUUAUUUUAUGACAAAAUUAGAAAUAACCGAACUGAUUCCAACACUUUUAUAUUUUGGUUACACUGGAUUAAUGGUAUUAACGUUUUGGUUAUUAACAGGUACAAUAGGUUUCUUUGCCGCUUAUGCAUUCAUUCGUAAAAUAUAUGCUGCUGUAAAAAUAGACUAGUCAAAUUAAUCAUUGAUUUUAUUAAUGAUUAGGAAAGGUAACAUAUUUUUUCAAUGUUACAAAGAAUGUUUAAUUUCUUUAAAUUAAAUGUAUGAAACCAAAAUAGUACAAUAGUUUAUUUUCAUCUUUGUUAGAUUAAUAUAAUUUGAAAAAAAGAAGAUUAAUAAUACAUUUACCAAAUAAUAUUCUUAAAUGUUAUAAAAUCAUUUUAUUUAUAACAAAAAAUAUGUAAAACAUACAAAUGAAGGAAAAAAAAUUGUGAUUAAAGAAAGUGAUGUAUAAUUUAGUUCACUGCAUUAUUAAUGCACGAUCUUCAUUUUUUGUUGUUUAAUAAAUCUUAAAUUAGUAUUUAAUUAUUAUUAAAGUACUUAUAAUUUAUGAAACAAAAUACUGCUCAUUCAGCAGAGAAUAUAUACAUACAUAUAAAGAGAAUGCAUAGACUAUAUUAAUAUUACUUGCUUUUAAAAUAAAAUGUAUUAAAAUACUAAUGAAUGUAAUAUUAAUUAUAGUCAAUGCCAAAUAUAAUAAUAUUAAUUCACAAUUAUUCUAGAUUUUAUUGCAAUGAAAUAAUAAUUUUAUAAGUUAUAUCUAUAAAUAUUUGUUACUACACAUACACCAUCAAAUGUUAAAUUACUUACAUUAUUUACAUUUGAAAAAACUAAAAUAUAAAUUACUCCUUAUUAUUUUGUAUAGUCGCACAGAAUGUUCAUCAGUUAUGUAUAACAUUUAUUUUUGAUAUAGAUCGAUCUAUAUUUUUAAUUACUCAAGUAUCAUAUUUAGUAAAUCAAUAUACUACAAUGUUUUAUAUAUAAAAUCUUUAAUAUUGGCUGACUAAAUGUAUAAGACAUUUAUAGAUUUUGUACAAUGAUUAUAUUUACGAGUUUUCUUACAGUCUUUUAUAUUUGUGCAUAUUUUCCGUUCCAAUAGAAUAGUUGUUUGAUAAAAUAAUGAAAAGAAAAUUGAAACAUGUAUAACAAAAUAAUUUUCAAAAUUUGAUGGCAAUUGAAAUGUUCUAUUGAUUUGAUUAAUAAUAAUGAAUGAAAAUAAAUAUAAAUAUUUUAUACUAUGAAUAGUGUAAAUAAUAUGUAUCUAAUAUCUUUAUUUUAUAUAUGAGGAUAUACACAAAGAUAUCAAUAAUCCAAGGCUUAUAUUUUUAUGAUUUUACUCAUGUUUAUAAUUAUUUAUAAUCUUACUGCAUUUUUUUUUAUAAAUACGAAUAUUAAUAAUAUGAAUAAAUAGAAACUCAAUAUAUCUUUAGUGAAACUUCAAGAGAUAAUAUCGAUUUUGUCUUAGUUUACAUUUUAUAAUUAAAUAUAUGAAGAUACAUACUACACUGAUGAUAUAAAUUUUGAUCUCUGUAGAUUCCACAGGCAUGUAACAUUUUGAUACAGAAUAAUUAUUAGGAGUAAAUACACCCUGAAAUAUAAGUAUUACUUUAAGUAUGUACAUAAUAAAAUCAUAAAAUUAAAAAAAAUAAUUUUUAAAAAUUUGUAACACUCACUAGUAAAAGUGAGGGAUUAUUCUUAUUACGCCAAUUGAAAGAUGAUAUUGUAAAUUCUAAUAUAUCUUUUCUAUGUAUUC